AACUCGCUCGCUGUCAAGUGAAACUGGGAAAUGCUUUGAAUUACACGGAAGGAAAUGCUUUUAUUCUCAUAAAUGGUGCCUCUCACUGAUUGGUCUGUAGCUUUUGCCUCGCUCUAUAUAAGAUCUGUCAAACCUGUUAAACCUCACACUCUCUGAGCUGCACAACAGACUUCACAAUGUUUAGAACAAGUCAAAGAAUCUCCAGAACAGCCGUCUUUCCAGUUCUGGUUGUGCUGUUUCUGUUUUACACAACGGGACAAACUGACGCAUCUACGGACCCCAUCCAGACUACAGCAUCUCCAGCAGUGACAAACUCAUCCUUGAGCACCCCACUCAACAGCAGUAGCCCUAUGAGCAUGAAGUCGCACAGACCGUGUGGAAUUGAGAACGUGGACUUCUGUGUAAACGGAGGCCAGUGCUUUUACUACCAGAACAGGGAUGAGCCGUCAUGCAAGUGCCAGUUUCCUUAUGAAGGUUACCGCUGCCUGACCCCGUCCCUGUCCCGCACAUCAAGCGGUCCAGAGCAGCUCAUUGCGAUUAUUAUUGGCGUUUUAAUGGUCAUCUUCGCUCUGGUCAUCAUCGUGUACUGCUGUUUCCUUAAGAGGUGUGUAAAGUCAUCCCCUCUCAAAACAUCUUCACCUGUAUGACUUCUGCCUCCUCAACGGCGCCACCAUCGUGAUCAUCAGAGCCAAGCUUUUUAUGCGUCAUAGUCAACCGUUUUUUGAGUAGACAGUUUGUCAUGUUAUUUAUUGCUUUUUACUAUUUAUUGUGAAUAAUUAACUUAUCUUUUGUAAUAAGUGUGUAAUAAAGUUUUCUACAAGUCCAAA